UUCUCUUGCCUAUAUCAAUUCAGACCGCUGUUGUACUGAAAGAUUUUGGUGCUUGAAUUGAAAUGUAUUUAAUUUCAGGAGGAUAUGAAGAAUUAUCUGCCCUUUAUCCAUUCUUACGAACUCAGAAAAUUAUUUUUAUGCCAAAGGAACUUGAUGAGAUCAAGCCAUAUCCAGCAGAGAUCCUGCCAGGCUUUCUGUAUCUAGGCAACUGGCGCCAGGGUAAUGCCCCCUACACACAGAAGGACCUCAAGAUAAAGGGGCACAUCAACUGCUGUGUGGAAGCAGAAACAUUUUUCCCUGCCAAUAGUGGCAACCUUCUGCACAUCCAGUGUGUUGACUCCAGUGAUGCCAACCUUGCAGCAAAAUUUGAAUUAGCCUGCAAAUUUCUUGACUCCUGUAAAGACAACAAGAAACCAGUUUUAGUGUUUUCUAACCUGGGUAUCAGUCGAAGCGUGGCCAUUGUGAUUGCAUACCUGAUCUAUGACAAAAAAAAUGAGUUUAAAGGAUGCAUUCAACCAUGCACAUAAGUACUCCAAUUUCAUUCAACCUGUGCAGGCAUUUAUGGACCAACUAGCUGACUGGGAAAAGAAGAUCAGGGGUCAAUAAUCAAGAAAACUCAUUGCAAAAGCUGAGCCCUACCGGUUACCUCUCUUUAACGGUGGUUAUUUUGUAUUGAACUAUUAUAUUGAAUACUAUUUAAUACAUUUACUUUAUACCAUCACUCUGAAUUGUUAA